AUGAGGAUCACCUUCGCAUUAGCACCAUGCCUGGUUUCCUUCGCAGCAUGUGCAUGCGUGCCCGACUUCGCCGACAAGAUACUGUCUGACCCGCUUACACUACAACAUCCGGCAGUGAUCGCAGCAUUUGAACAAGUCCAGCGCAACCUCUCAGCGUUAUAUAUCAAUACCACUCGAGAUGGGCUCAGCUUCGCUGUCGUCCAUGCGUCAAGCUCAGAACCAGCAUAUGUGUUCAACAACGGAACAUUGAAGUUCAACGAGACUGAUGUGGGCCCAACCGAGACAAAUGCGGUGACGAGCGACUCGAUCUUCCGCCUGAUGUCUUGUUCGAAGAACGUCGCGAUGGCCUCUGCUCUGGUCAUCGAAACCCAGCUCAGACAAAACUCCUCAUCAUCGUCAUCACUCCUGACUAUCGACACGCCCGUCCGCCAACUUCUUCCUUCUUUCGGUCUACCGGAAAGAGACUGGAACGACGGCGGCAGCGAGAUCACGCUGCGUAUGCUUGCCAGCCAUACAGCGGGAAUACCAAGAGAAAGCUACAAUACUGGCUUCAACAUGAUUCUUAGUACCGGAAAAGCAGAUUCGCCGACCAUUGGAGCUGCAUGGGCGGGUGAAACUGCCCAAGAUGUAAUUGAUGGGAUAGCGAUGAAGAAUCUGAUGUUUGCGCCAGGGCAGAGAGCAGCUUAUUCGAAUGCAGGCUUGGGUAUUCUAGGUGCUGCUGUAGCGACAUACUACAACAACAUCACUUUCUCGUCUCUCAGCUGGUCUGAGCUGACAUCGCAGGAACUUCUUCAGCGAUUGAACAUGACCCACAGCUUCUUCGGCACUGUGCCGCAGAAUCUUAUCCCAGACAUAACCGUACCGGGCGGUGACAGUUGGGUCGAUUUGAUCGUAGGCGAAGGCUACGAUCCAGCAGCCGGCAUGUGGAGCUCUGCAAACGAUCUCGCCCGGUAUAUGCAUGGCUUAUGGCUCACGCCCGAGCCUACGCUCAUUACGCCCUUCCAGCGUCGUCAGGUCAUGAAGCCAAGUGUCAUACUUGCAGACGGCAAGCAGCAGAGCGGCCCAGGCUGGGAGAUUGAGAUCUUGAACUUACCGACGAGUGAGGAUGCUAGUCUGGCGGAAGACAGCAUGAAGACAUAUAGCAUCUUUGGCAAGUCCGGCGAUGGAGGAGGCUGGCAUAGCUGGAUCGACGCCAUACCAAAUCUCGGUUAUGGCAUAAUCGUGCUCGUGCAAGGGUCUGGUUUGGCCGAUUACGCAGGUGUCUCGACGAGUACUGUCAGAGAUACGAUACAUGCUAUUCUUGCGCCUGCUUUCGCAGAAGCAUUGAGCAUGAGAACGAAGGAGCGUUUUGCAGGGUUCUACAACGCUGGUGAAGACACUGGACUUAUUGCUGAUGAAGUCGCCACUACGCUCUCAAACUCCUCGACUUACGCCAACUUGGAGAUCAAAGACCAGAUCUUGUACAUUCGCUCGCUCAUGGUGAACGGUUCAUCCGCGCUCGAAGCAAUAGAUCGCUUGUCCUGGACCGCGGAUGCCCAGCCACGCUACUUCUCUACACCUGAAGGGGUUGUCUUGGAGCCGGCGGAGGGCGUAGGCGAGACAGAUGAAUUUGGGCCUGGAGCGCAGGUUUGGAGGAUGAUCUUUCCGGGAUUGGCAUCGUGCGAUUGGUUCGACUUCGACGGCUAUCAUGACAGCAAUGGAUGGCCUGUGAGCAAGGUUGUCCUAAUUGAGAAUGAGGAAGGGGUCGAGCUGCACUACCCACCAUUCGACAUUACUGUGAGUCGAAUGAAGAUACACAAAUAA